AUGGCCGGCAAGCUACCUAAAAGCGAAGUAGAAUUCGCAGCCGAGUACCUGCGAGCCGAGACGCGGCACCCAUGGGAUCCCUCACCCGAAAAGCAGGACAUUUUCGACCCAGCAGACGAGAAAACCUUUGAGAGCCGCAUCCUCCUCGAAGUGGUCACCAACUACGUCGUCAAGCAUGGCAACAAUCUAACCCACCAUGAUAGCGUGCCACACCAUCCCCGCGGACACGCGAUGGAGCUGACCCGCCCCCUGGACCCUUCCUACGAACGGUACCGAUACCUGACUGUCAUGGCGGGGCCCAGCUUCAAGAAUAUCCAGCGCGUGCAGCAGAUCCAUGGGUCAUCGGACUACAUGGCUGCGUACAAGUUCGAUACGAGCGGAAUCAUUGAUUCCGCUUUGGUGCCUACUCUGGUGCCUGAUGUCUGGAAGGAGGGCGAUCGCCAGAAGGACAGUCCGGACGAGUAUACCCAGGAGGAUUACCUCUGGGUAGACAUGACGUAUCCACUGCGCGAGAUCUACAUCCCCAAGAGGCGCUAUCACUGUCCGCGCUCGAACCGGCUCGUCUGCGUCUAUACUCACAUCGACUUCCAGAGGAAGCACAGCCUCACGACGUACACGUAUACACCCAAGCAGAACGGGAUUCCAGAUAAUGAAUACACGCGCGAGGAGCCCGAUCUGCCGCCCUGCGAGAAAGAACGGCAGAGGCGUGAGCCGGACCAGUGGCCCGUCGGGUUCAGAAUCGGCACCCAGGAAAUGGUACAGGGCGAGCCGUCGCUUGGCUGGGGCGUGAAGCCUGAGUGGACGGCUCGGUUCCAGAUUGAUGCUCUCCGUAAACUGCCGAACGAGGCUGAUGCGCGGGAGUACAUCAAGCUGUUUGAUAGCGGUGGCUUGGUGAUUCGACCCGGUGGGGAAACGAAAUUAAGGGCAGAAAAGGUGAAGACUAAUCCUGUGCACAGAAUGGAUGUGCCCGAGGUGAUUCGGCUGCCGAUUCCGCCUGUGUCAUAG